CGUCACCCAUUCCCAACCCUAACCCUAAUUCCCAAACCUUUCAAUAUCUCUAUCUCUCGCAUCCAACCUAAUCUCAAAGAAAAAAAAAAGGAAAACGCUAUGGAUCCUAUGGAGGAGGAGGUGGAGGAGAAUAUAGGUUGGGGGAGUUUAGAUGAUCUUGACGGUGAAUAUGAGAUCUGUAUCUGUGCGCAAAAAUUGAUCGAUGAAGUGAGGUGUUAUACCAUUAAGGUCCCAGACCGUGAAGCCCGUCCUCCUCUUUUAUACUUUCUCACACGUCCAGCUGCUCCACUCAACUCGUUAAUUCACGGAGUAAAGGUAAAGGAUAUCAGCAACUUCACCCCAAAGAAUCUCACUCCGUUUUCAGUGGCCACUCCCAAGGAACCUUGCAGCUCUAGAUACUUCGCACUGUUAAACAACCAUCUGUAUGCUGCUGGUGGCUAUCUAAAGACCCCUACGUCUGAACUUGGAGAUGUUAUAGGCCCCGAAGACUACUGCCCUCUGAAUGAUAUCUAUAUGCCCAGUAGGUUUGUCUGGACCCUUGACCUUACAUGUCCUGAUCUGGGAUGGAAGCAGCUCGGUGAGCCCAUGAAAAACCGCAGAAAAGACCCUCAGACCAUUGUUGUAGACGGCAAGCUCUAUGUUUUUGGCGGUUUAUAUGGUUUCGAACCCAUACUCGAAGAUCGUUCCUCCGGCCGUGGAUGGAUGGAGGUUUAUGACCCCAUUUUGGAAACCUGGGAAAGCCUACCAAACCCACCCUGCUCUGAUAUCAGAAGCAAAUUCGAUGAAAUUGUUUACGCUCAUUUGGAGUCGGAGAAAGACAAACACGAGAUUAUGGUGGUUGAUCUGAGCAAUAGCAGAGAAAACAACAUGCGAGCUGAUUUUUUAAAAUACAAUGUUGUGUCUUCUAGAUGGGAAACUUGGCUUCAGCAGCAUUGGGCGGUAGCUAGCUCAGAUAUUCUAUUUGGAAGGGCUGUAGUUGUUGAUCAUACUAAGGCCUAUUGGGCUUCCAUCGAAUCUAUGACGAAUAUGAAUGCAUGCUCUAUCUAUGGAUUUGAUUUAGAAUCGAAAUCGUGGGCUUGUCAAAGGCUCAACCUUACACCAUUUUUGGGGGAUUCUGAAUAUUUCUGUUGGAUUAUGCCUGGUCUUCUCCACUUAUCCGAUCACAAAUUCUGCCUUCUGUUGAGCUCCAACAAGCGAGCCAAAAAGACUUCUAAUUUUCUUUAUUGUUUCGUACUUGACCUCUCUGCAUUUUUUCACACCAAUGAUCAGUACGCAGACGAGCCUCCUCUAUAUGUUCUAUCCAUUCAGAAGUACUCACUGGAUGCCAAAAUAGAUUUGUUGGACUGCAUGAUUACCAAUCAUGGAACUCAACCACCAAAGAAGAAGAAACCAAAGACAUCAGAGGAACCGAAGAUUAUUAAGAUAAGGGCUUGCUCAGAGUACUAAAAAAAGGUAUUCUUUAUUCAAUCCUGCAGUAUUGGAACAUAGAUGAAGGACUCAACUCUAUGUUAUAUGUUAUAUAAUCGUUUUGAUUAAAGGCUUUCUUAGUGUUGUGUAAUUAUGUAUUUUUCCUGCUUUUGAACUUGCCACCUUGCUAGUUGUUCUGUUUUAUGAAAAUCCUGUGUGACUAGACUACUCAAAUUUUCUUCAUAAAAUCUAUGGAUAUUGAUUGUUAGAAACCAAAUUAUCAAUUGGAAUUUAAAAU